GGCCGGGGCGGGGCCACGCUCGAGCCUAGCGUCCCGCUCCCAUGGCCGCCCCCGGCUCCGUGCGUUGCCCCUUCUCCCCCGGGCCGCGCCCCGGGGCCCCGCACUGACGGCCCAUGGCGCCGCCCGCCGCCCGCCUCGCCCUGCUCUCCGCCGCCGCGCUCACGCUGGCCGCCCGGCCCGCGCCCAGCCCCGGCCUCGGCCCCGGACCCGAAUGUUUCACAGCCAAUGGUGCAGAUUAUAGGGGAACGCAGAACUGGACAGCACUGCAAGGCGGGAAGCCAUGUCUGUUCUGGAACGAGACUUUCCAGCAUCCAUACAACACUCUGAAAUACCCCAACGGAGAGGGGGGCCUGGGCGAGCAUAACUACUGCAGAAACCCAGACGGCGAUGUGAGCCCCUGGUGCUACGUGGCGGAGCAUGAGGACGGUGUCUACUGGAAGUACUGUGAGAUUCCCGCCUGCCAGAUGCCUGGAAACCUUGGCUGCUACAAGGAUCAUGGAAACCCACCUCCUCUAACUGGCGCCAGUAAAACGUCUAACAGACUUACCAUACAAACCUGCAUCAGUUUUUGUCGGAGUCAAAGGUUCAAGUUUGCCGGGAUGGAGUCAGGCUAUGCUUGCUUCUGUGGAAACAGUCCUGAUUACUGGAAGUACGGGGAGGCAGCCAGUACUGAGUGCAACAGCGUCUGCUUCGGGGAUCACACCCAGCCCUGUGGGGGCGAUGGCAGGAUCAUCGUCUUUGACACUCUGGUCGGUGCCUGUGGUGGGAAUUACUCGGCCAUGACUUCCGUGGUCUAUUCCCCCGACUUUCCUGACGCGUAUGCCACAGGGAGGGUCUGCUACUGGACCAUCCGGGUCCCGGGAGCCUCCCACAUCUACUUCAACUUCGCCUUGUUUGACAUCCGGGAUUCCGCAGACAUGGUAGAGCUGCUGGACGGCUACACGCACCGCGUCCUGGUCCGUUUCAACGGGAGGAACCGCCCACCUUCGUCCUUUAACAUCUCUCUGGACUUUGUCAUCUUGUAUUUCUUCUCUGAUCGCAUCAAUCAGGCCCAGGGAUUUGCUGUCUUGUACCAAGCCGUCAAGGAAGACCCGCCACAGGAGAGGCCCACUGCCAACCAGACGCUGGCUGAGGUGAUCACGGAGCAGGCCAACCUCAGUGUCAGUGCUGCCCGGUCCUCCAAAGUCCUCUACGUCAUCACCACCAGCCCCAGCCACCCACCCCAGACCGUGCCAGGUAGAUGGACAGUGUAUGGCCUGGCAACGCUCCUUAUCCUCACAGUCACAGCCAUCAUAGCAAAGAUACUUCUGCACAUCACUUUCAAAUCCCAUCGUGUUCCUGCCUUAGGGGACCUUAGGGACUGUCAUCAACCAGGGACGUCGGGGGAAAUCUGGAGCAUUUUUUAUAAGCCUUCUACUUCGAUUUCCAUCUUUAAGAAGAAGCUCAAGGGUCAGAGUCAACAAGAUGACCGUAAUCCUCUUGUGAGUGACUAAAACCUGCCCCCUCCGUGCCCAGGACACGAGAUCCCUCUGAGCUCGAGGCCCCUGGGGACCACUUCUCCCGUGGUUUCGUUUGACUGACUCUUCCUGCCUCUCCCUCAGCCUCUUCUGGGGCACCGGCCAUAGGGGCAGCAUAGCUUGGAUUCGACCUGCUUCAUCACUGCACUUAGGAGAGAGACUCACGGUCCCACGGUCCGUGCCUCCUGCAUCUCUCUCUCUCUGAUCUAGGAACAGGGUGUCGGGACAGUGGGGCUGAGAUGACAGAGAUGGUUGUGUCCAGCACUGGGCUCAGGUACGUUCUAGACGACUGUCAGGUAGUGGGUAGGUAGUGCUGCUUCUCAGUUUUGUCCACACACAGAUCGCUUUCUCCUGGUCUUUAUGGUUUGGAACAGGCCAGGCAUAGAGAGUUCUGAGGCUGUCCUGGGGGUUGGCCCCCCAGAGCAUGACGGAAACCCACGUUCUGUGCUGACUCUGGGGCUCCAGGUGAGAAUGGGCCGCCUCCAGCCUGGGAGGGCCUGUCAUGUCAAACCUGACACCUUCACCAAUGGGCUUCUUUCUAUGGCUUCUUCUGCAGCUUGGUGACCAGCAGACAAGUUUGAGGGGUGGUCAUAGGAAACAUCCAUUCAUUUAUUCAUGCAGUAGACUUUACCGAAAGCUUUUCUAGGUGUCAGUAGCUCCUUGUUGGGCUGGAUUUGGUGACCUCUCCCCCAAGCAGCUCGUCCUGUGGAGCCUGAGCCAGGCCCCGUCUCGGGAUUCCUAAGCUGACUCUCAGUUCAGAACAGGGAGUGUAAACGUGGUUGAGCAUCCAGGAAGCAACGUGUGACACAGGGUGCCAGCAGUCCCUCCUUUAAGUGUCCCUUAUUUUAAGAGGAUGAAAAAUUCCCAAUGGCCUGUGCUCUCUGCGGCCUCCAUGCCUCUUCUUAUGGGGACAGGGUGGGCUUCGGAAUGGCUCAGUGGGGAAGGAGAGGCCUCUUGUCCCUGCUCCCACACCCUCUGCCCCCCAGAAGGGGAGGGGAGCCACAGAGUGGCAUACGGAGUGGGGAGGGAGGGUGUGGGAACGGGAGCCCCACUGAGGAAAGGCCUCCGAAGAUUGAGAGCUGCAGCUGCAGCGUCCGCGGGCGGUGGGAGUCAGUGCCAUCCCGUCCAGAAGCCCUGCCGACCCGUCCGAGAGCAGCCUCGUCCACAGCAGCCGGGAGGAGCACCUGGGACCCCGAAGGCCGGGCCUGGCCUCUGUCGGAGUGUGGCUCUCCCGCAGGCACUCGAGCCUUGGGCCUCAUUGUGCCUCUGGCCUCACAGGUUCCUUGUUUGGGGCACUUUGCCCCCCUCGCCGAGCCCCUGAGCUACUGCCUGCUGUGGCCUUCCCUAGGGUUCUCCACACCGGCAGACGUCUGCGCCCGGCUCCCAGAAAGACAGAGGGCCGCGUGGGGCCAGCUGGGAGGCGACACUGGCAACCAGGAGAGACGCUGGGAGCUGGCAGGGUGGGCGAGGGGCGUUUGGAGAGGGAAAUACCACGUGUCCACGGGAGAGUGGGGGCGCUGCCCCAGGCACCGGGUGAGGCUUUGAUCUGGAAAGGGCGGUUACCCUAAGCAGCUGUCUGCCGGCCCCAGGGUCUGGAGACAGGCCUGCUGAGUGCAAGGACCACUGGAAUAUACUGAUGUGUGCAGUCUCCCCUCCAAGCUAUUCCUGGCCUUUAUGGAAUCUCCUCUCAAACACAAGUGUCAGGUGUGUGCAGUCACAGAGGGCCCUGUGCUGUGAAUAGGUCCACGCAGCACAGAGGGAAUGUGGAAUCCCACCCGGGGGGGCGUCCAGCCGGCCGGGGGCAGUUGCUCGCAGCCAUGGGCUCCCUCUGAUCACUGGCCUUGGUGCAUCCUGUGGGCCCGCCUGCCCUCUUCACACUUCGUGACUUCAGGUCACGGUGUGUCUGAGCACCUGGAGCAGCCCUUUUUCAGAGACCCCAGAAGGGCUGUGACCCCAGUGUUGUCCUUCUUCCCACCCCAGGCACAGCCCAGCACCCUGGGACCCACUUACCAUCCCGGGAGCAGCCCCGGGAAUCCCAAACCGGCCUCAGGACAGCAUGGGGGGAGAGGGCCAUAAAUUGUCCCAGGCCAACCUCUGUAAGCGUGAUCCCCCAGAGGGCCCCCCGCGGCUAAGUAAACACCGGAGAUGUAAAUUGUCCCAGAAGAGGGGAGAUGUACACCCAGGAGCACCGAAGGAGGAAGCACUUGAUCUGCUAAGAAACCACUUUAGAGGCGAGAAAGUGGGGGUUGGAGGGGACUGGAAAGGGGUGACCCUGAGAAAAGGGUGAGGCUCCCCCUUUCUGGGCAUGAGCGAGGUAACCAGGUUGCUGUAACUUCUGAAGUGUGGGCUCUGGCUCAAGACUCCAGUCGACCAGAAACCGGCAACGCAACAAUCAAAGCACUCGCAAGCACAGCUGUCCUGGCCCUUAGGCUGAACCCAUGGAUGGGCACGCCUGGGCACGGCCCCACCCGCAUGGCCCAUCGUCAGCCCCAGGCAGGAGUGGCCUGACCUGCUCAGUGUCCGGCCAGGUCGUCCUGACACCAGCAGGGCAUGCAGCCUGUCACCAAGCCCCCAUGCUUCCUGGCACUUCAUAUUCCCUAGCACUUACAGGGGAACGGCCUCCGAGGUCCCAUCCCCUUGUCUGAUGAGCACCCCAGGCCUCCCGCAGAGCCGGGUGGCCCCCACUCUGUGGCCCGGUCAACUGCUGCCCUCUUGGGUUUCCAGUCUUCUCCUUGCUGUUUGAUGUCUGCUUUUGCUACCACCUUGGGAAUGUUUAACCUUUUGAUUGUUUUCCUCUGGUGUCUUUGUUUACCCUCCUCACUGUUCUACCUCCUGACCAGGGCUCUCAGCUUAGCUACCCUGGCGCGGGGUGUUUUUCAGACCUUCCAGCCGCAGCUGCCUCCCCUCAGGCUGGCUGGCCUGGGGGAUGGGCCUCACCCUCUGUUUGCAGACCCCAGGGGGCCCAUCUCCCAGGUUCCUGUCUUGCCAAGUUGAACAUAUUUAACGAGGCAGCAGUGGGGUGUGGAGGAAAGUCUGAGGUCAAUCUACUGCUUCAGAAAGGACGUAUCGUCAGGAGCACACGGUUGGGGGGCUGCCGCCGAGGGGUCCACACAGCGUCAGCACCUGCCCACAUCCAGACUCACCUUCCCGCAGGGAUCCUGACUUUGGAUGACAAGGCUUUAUUUGUAAAUAUGCUCUUAAUACACAACUUUGAGAAUAAAAUAGAAACAUCAUGUAUUUUAAAAUAUAAGAUGAAGUGUGACGCACUGUAUACAAUUUAAUAUAUAUUUUUAGGAUUGUUAUUUAAGAAAAUGGAAUGUAAUGGUACUUAACUUUUACAAAAGAGAGAAAGAUGUUAUUUUUACC